UUGCAACAGUAUGUGUGAACAUAAAAAGGAAGGAAACUGAGCGGUGUAUGUUUCCCUCUAUGUAAAAUAUGUGCCACUUCCUCAGGCUGACCACUGCCAGUGCGUUGAACCUGAAGGUAAGACCUUGCAGCUCUCUGCUAUGCAUGUCUUUGCUCCACGGUGACCUAUUUCUCAUGUGAGAAAACCGAGCCUGCUUUCAUUUUGAUGGUGCUGUAAGAUGGGCUCACGGUGUCAUUAGUUUUUCUCCAGAGUCAUAAUGACGAUCUCAAGUUGCGAUUUCACAAUAAAUGUGUGUGUGUUAAAUGAGCAAGCGUUCUGUGACCGCAGCUCUCAUUUCAUCAUCAGCGACGGGAAAAUCCACCGUGAUUGCUGCUGUAGGGCAGAUAUGAAUUCUGUGAAUGAAUACUACGUUUACGUCCAAGUUUCCUGCUCUUUGUGUAGUUUGGCGUUGUUUACUUUUCUUGUGGACUCGUACCGGUUUCAUGAGGUGUGUGUUGACAUUCUUCAAGAAAACUUGAGUCUUUUAUUUCAUAACUUCAGUUUUUGUUCCCCUGUUUUGUGUAACCCACACUUAAGUUAUUUCCUUUUCCACAGUAAAUUUAAGUGAAUUUUUUGCAAAAGCCAAUACAGCUGUGUUUUCCCCAAGUGAAACUGAAAGGAAGAAAGUGAGUUUUCCUGUCUAAGAUUUAAGUUACUGUUUAAAAAAAAAACCUGCAUGAAGAUGAGCUAUCGAAAUGUACUCGGAAACCCACUGUGCGGUUUUAAAAGUAUACAACUGUCAGAUUAAUUCCUAGAAAGAUAUCUGAGAGCCAUUCAGCCAAUAGCAGAGUUUGUGUGACCUUGUCGUGCCUUGGAAGAAAUGGUCAUUCUUUCUACAUUAAAGACCCACAGUUUGCGUCUCAGAGCUUUAGGACAGUCAGUGGGUUUUUAUUUAGAAUUUACUUGUGGUGAUCACUCUGGCUGUGAGUGCAUACAUGCUCCCAGGGCCUGCUUGAGGUAUGCAUUUGCUCAUACGGGUCUUCCAGGAAGCUCUGCUCUGGGUGGGAAACAUGUCAGUGACCACAUGAUCAGUUUGGUCUUUCUCACGGCAUAUAGACUCCGUAUAUGGUUCCCAAAGUAAUCAGUCUGGUGUCCUUUACUGUCAUUGCUGGGUUGGUUGAUAUGGUCUACCACCUCGUCUUCUCGGAUCUUACCUCACAGGCAGCACAUAACCACGGACAGCCUGAAUCAUUAUAGUAGACGCGAGUAUGAAAUGAGUGUAGCUGUGCUGAUAGUCGGUCUUCAAGCGAAGAACCAAGUCACAGCAUGAAGAAAUGUCCGCUGCAUCACAGCCUCGCUCUCGUAACAUAUUUCACACGUUGCCUCAUUGAUAUUUCCAACUUGAGAGAAUCCCUUCAGGCCGGCGCAUGACAGCAGUGGAUAAGAGCUGAGCCAUGAGGCCAACUGCUUGCACUUGCUGUCGUCUCCGGCCUCCUGGCAGCUCUGGAUGGUAACAAGGAGGGCCUCUUAUCUGCCAACACAGGUUGGCUUUCAGCCAUUCAACAGGCCACUUCAUGUUGACUCAUUUGUCUAUUAGUAUGAAAGAAAGUGGUUUCAUUCCAAAUUUAGACAAUUUGAAAAUGAGACCCUGUAAUGAUUAAUGAGAGCUUAAAGGAAUAGUUAAAAUUUUCUGGAAAGACAUUUAUUCACCUCCUUGCCAAGACUGCGAUGAAGUGAGAUUGUGUUUGUAAAUAAAUAAAGCCAGCUACAGCUAGGAGCAUAACUCCUAGAGGGGAAACAGCUAACCUGUCUCUGCUCAAACGUAAGAAAAUCUGUCAGUCACAUUAUCUGACUGAUUAUCUUGCUUUAUUUCAUCCAUAAUAAAUCACAGCACCCUUUCAAGAAAUAGUCUGAACACAACCGUAGCUGCCGCACAUCGUUUUUUGUAGGGACUGAAUUAAGAUACAGUAUGUGUUCACUGGUAGAACUUCAGCAAUCAGUCAAUAAAUUGAUUUAUCAGUCUAAAGUAUAUUGCCAGUUAUUUUGCUAAUAAUUUUUCAAGCAAAAUAUGUGAAACAUUUUCGGCUUCUGGCUUGUUAAAUGCAAUAAAAUUGCUGCUUUUCUUUGUCAGUUGUGAGUAAUUGAAGAGACUUAGGGGUUUGGACUGUUUGUUGGACUACAGAAGCAACAGCCUUUACAAUAAGGCAUUAAGUCUGUAUUUACACUUUACUAAACAGACCUCUAAUCCUUGAUAUGAACUGAUAUUCGGCUGUUUCAGUAAGACCUGAAUAAGUAUACUGACCUGCAAAAAGAGGAAAGAAAAAAAAAACACAACACAGACCCACAUAAGCCAUCAAUAAUGCAAGGGUUGGCAUUUAGUUUGUUCAGCCCUGCCAUCAGUGAAGCAUCACUGCUCUUCCUGCACAUGAGGAAGCAGUGGAGGAGGUUUGCCAGUAGAAGGGUUGAAUAAAGGGGGGGAAGCCUUGUGACAAUAACUUAAAAGAGGAAGAUGAUGACAUGAGCAAUCUGAGAAAAGCUGAGGGAAAGCAAAUUAGCAGUUGGGGCUUUAAAUAUCUCCCAAAUGUACCAAUGUGUGUGUGUGUGUGUGUGUGUUUUAGUUUCACAUCUCAUCAGAUCCUGUGCUGCUCUGAGAAGCUCUGAGGUUACUCUCGCUGAGUAACCACCUGCGUCAUCAGGCAGCUGACUUGUAGUUCUUCAGCCUUCACAGACAGUAAUAUUAAAAGAGGGUAUUUCCAGAAAUGUCAGUGCAGACAGACAAGUGAAAUCAUCCAAGUGAAAAUACUACAACUGCCUAGAACUGCUCAGGGUCCAGCUCUGACGUGGAUGGAGACUCAGAAUCAGAAGAGCAGGGAUCUCAGCAGAAAGAGGAUAGUUAGAGCUGUCUUUUAUUUUUCUUUUCUUUAUUGUUUUUUUUUUUUUUUUUUUCUUCCAGCUGCACCAGAAGACUAGAAAGGGAGGGCUGAGCCUGGGUCCAUUAAGGGGCAGGGUUUAAAAGUAGAGGAGGAGGAGACAGGAACAAAAAGAAGACAGUGAGCCAGAAGAGCAGCAGUGAGAGUGGCAGAUGAUCGGAGACUGUUGUUAAAGAUGGAUUUAAGCUUACUUCAAGCUCUGGAGAGGGAAAGAGUCCUGGAGGUUCUGCGAAGAGACAAACAGCUGCGCACCAUCGAAGAGGACAGAAUAAGGAGGAUGAAACACGAGCUCCAGGAGCUUCGACGGAGAGGUGCGAAGAGCUCUGCCCGGCAGUACGGUGAGCGCACCUGCGCCCGCUGCCAGAGGCCGCUGGGGAAGUUCUGGAACUCGGGCGCAGUGUGUCACGGCUGCAGCCACCGCAUCUGCAGCAGAUGUCGCGUGGGCGUGGGAGCAGUGGGCUGGAAGUGCACGGUCUGCCACGCCUACAGGGAGGUGAAGAUCAGGUCAGGAGAGUGGUUCAUUGAGCAGAAGGCACGGAAGUUUCCAGUCACCACAGACAAAUACGAGACAGUUGGGGAGAAACUAUUAAAGACCUACAACGUGCUGAGUGAUAUUUCAGUUGUACCUCCCACUCCUCCACCCCACUCGGAUUAUCAGUUUCUCAGCAGAUCCGGGGAUUUUAGCAGUUCAAAACCUUUCACCAAAUCUAUGGAAGGUCUAAUGAUUUCCUUCACCAGUCACAUUAAAAAAAUAUCCACUUCUCAGAACGAUGUGCGAGGAGAUCUGCUGAGAGUGGAAAACAGCCGCAGAGGGUCCUGCUUCAGCACCCAGAAGAGCCUGUCGGAUACCGAUAUCAACAAAAGCAGCACCCUCUUUAAAGGUCCCAGUCUUCCAAACCUGUUCAAGAAAAGCAAAGACAGUGACCAGGAAGGCUCCUCGACCGGAGCAGAAGAAGAAACUUCCUUUGGUUCUGAGUAUUCUGGAGGAAAGAGAGGCAGCCUCAGCAGCAUCAGCACAGACUGCGGCCUCUUCGAGAGCCUCGUCGGGGUGGGAGAGCUGGAACUGGCUCUGACCUACAACACCAGCAUCUCCUGUCUAGAGAUCACCGUCGGCGCCUGCAGAAAUCUUCCCUACGGAGACCCCAAGAAGAAGAAAUGUCACCCAUACGUCAAACUCUACGUGCUACCAGAAAAGAGUGAAAAAAUGAAGACGACGGUCAAGAAAAAUACGACCGAUCCGGUUUAUAAUGAAGUUUUAAAGUUUGACAUAGAGCGCCACCUGCUGUUUGGAAAAAGGCUGCAGGCCUCUGUGUGGCAUUCAGGAAACCUGAAAAGAAAGGCUUUUCUCGGUGAGGUCCUCAUCCCGCUGGAUGGAUGGAGAUUUGAGGGCAUGAUCCCCCAGGGCUUCAACUGGUACCCACUUUGUCCAAAGACGGAGUGUCCAGACGGGGGCGCUGUGGAGCAGGACAGAGGAGACCUGCUGCUCUGAGUCAGGUUCAGCUCCAACAACAGCUCAGCUCAACCAAAUAUGUGCAAGAAACAGACGCACAUCCGUCUGUUGGUCUGAUAAUGCAUUUUCUGCAUUUUUCAGCUGAUAAAACAUCUAUUGGCCAUCCUUGAAUUUGAAUCAAAACACUACAUAAUAUCAGCUUUUUUAAAAAAGUGAAAGCAGUUUUGUGUUUCACUUGCUUUUUUUGUUAUUUAUUUGUUUUGUUUUCCCCGCCACCACCAGUUUUGAGCCUUCCUCAAACUGUAUGAAGCAUUAAAACUAUUCAUCUAAAGUUAAAUAUUUACAAGUAAACAUGACCACAGAUUCAGGUCUUGGUUCCUCUAUUACAGCACUAGGGGUCAGCAGAGAGUCUGUGUUGAACGCCUCACAUAGGUUGACACUGUCCCACAUGGAAAUCAUCAACUAACUGUCCUUAUCAAGGGUGCCAAACACCUUCCCAUUAAUGCAAACACUGGUCAGCACACCUGCGUCAGAAUGUAAACACACCUCAUUGUGGCCCUGCGUGCCUCUUCAGUGUCUGCAGGCCUGUGAGGUGUGUUAUGUGUGUUCUGGUGUGUUGAAGAGUGUAAGUGUUUAAUAGGCAUGAGGGUGUGUUUAUAUAGCUGUGUGUGUGUGUCGUGCUUAGGAGCGGGCAGACAGCUCAUCCAGACGACACCCAUUUGCGAGGGUGAGACGGUCACAGGGUGCUCUGGGGGUUUUCCUUUAUCACAUCCUGUGUCACAUUGAUAAGCAUAUAAACUAUUAAUAAAUGGUUUUUAAUGCGCCAUCACUUACUGGUAAGAAGGCAUCAUUUCUGUGUGAUCCAUGUGAGUUAUGGAUGUAUUCGUCGACAACUCAUCCUGUGAAGUAUUUGGAUCAGUUAAUGAAGGAUUGACAAAAAUGUAAUGCUGGAAGUAUUUUUUUGUAUGUGCAGAAAAUGUAUGUAUUUAUAAAAUGUAUAUGAUACAUGUAUUUAUUUGAUUGUAUAAUCAUUUAUUAAUAAAGUAUUUAUUUGUACGUUGACAUUGAAA